AUGAGUACAUAUAUUGCGCAGGAAGGGCAUCUUUUAUACAAGAAAUUAAUCAGAACUAGCUUUGGCAUGGCCGGAUUUGAAUGCAAACGCAAUGAUCAUCGCGCAGUUCUUGUAUGGUAUGAUGACUUAAGAAAGAAAGACUUCUAUGGACCAUUAAAACCAUGGCAAAUAGUCAAUCGUUUUCCAAUGAUUAAUGUUAUAUGCAGAAAAGCCCCAUUUGUUCGUCUAAUUCAGAGAACAGCACAAACAUUUCCUUCAUCUUUCCACUUUUUGCCAAAGUCAUAUUUAGUUCCGCUUCAAGAAAAGGAAUUCGAAGAUGAUGUCCACAAGAACGAGAAACGAUGGAUUGUUAAACCAGAUCGUGGUUCAUUAGGUGCAGGAAUUAAAAUCAUCGAAAUUGGCGGUGUUAUUCCAAAGAUUGAGCGCCUUUGUGUUGCUCAAGAGUACAUCCCAUCUCUGCAUAUUGACGGAUAUAAAUUCGAUUUCAGAAUUUACGCUUUAGUAGCAAGUGUGGAUCCCCUUCGUAUUUACGUCUACAGGAAUGGUGUUGCUAGAUUCUGCUCUAAAAAAUCCGGAGAAAAGUCUGUUUUCGCAGAAUUAACAAAUAAGUCUUUAAACAAGAAAAAUCCAGACGUAAUCAUGACCCAAAUCGUCAAGAUGAUCGCUGAUGUCAUGGAACGCCUCAAGAGAGAAGGCCACGAUACAGAUAGACUCUGGUCUCGAAUUGAUCGUGCAAUUGUUUCAACAAUUAUUACAUCUACGAGAUUCCUCAAGCGUGGAAUGGACAAGCAGUGCCCUCGCAUUGGCUUCCAGAGGUGUUUUCAGAUCCUUGGUUUCGAUGUUCUCCUUGAUGAAGAGCUAAACCCAAAGAUUCUCGAAGUUAACUACAGACCAUCCCUCGAAACUAACGCAGAUUACGAAAGGAAGAUGAAAUCUUCAAUGCUCAGCGAUUGCAUGAAGAUUAUGGCUCCAGCACCAGAACUCCAGCAGUAUGUCAUUGACAAUUAUUCCGAUGACCUCGCAGACCGCUGGAAUGACCUCAUGAGAACUGAUCCAAAGCUUAAAAAAGCAAUUGAUUUGACAAAUCAAAAGCACGCAAGGCUUGGCAACGUUGGAAACUUCGUAAUGGCAUAUCCAGUUGACAACGAUCGUGUCAUGAAGAAGUGGAACAGAAUGAUUGAGUACGUUGGCAAAAUGCCUACAGAAUUACGUUCAAAAUACCUUCUUCCUGAGAUGCUCAAGCGUAAAUCGAAGGAGCCGAAUACAAUGGAUACAUCAAUUACCGAAUUUGAAGACAAAGAACGCGAAAUGGAGAUGGAUAACAUUUUGGAUAACGAUACAAUCGCUGCUGCUGAAGCGGAAGAUGACGAAGUCUUUGCUCAGAUAGAUGAAAGAGAAAGACUCGCUGCAGAAGAGAAUGAUGCGAAAUUAAAAGCAAGAAAAUCGAAGAAGAGCUCGAGAAAGAACUCAGGAAAGUCAUCAAAGAAGAACUCUGCAAAGGGUUCAAAGAGAAGCUCAAGAAAACCAUCGCCUGGAGAUGAAAAACCUGUAGAAGUCGAAAUUCCGAAAAAAGAUGACGACCCAAUUCGCUCAAAGUCUCAGAAAUUGCCACCACCACCCCAUCCAGUAGAUGAGGAGGAUGUUCCUGAAAAAAUCAAGCCAAAGAAAUCAGGAUCCAGAAAAGGAACCAAAAAAUCUUAA